AAAACGAAACUGAUUAACGCGUUUUUAUUUCUUAUUGAAUUAGUCGUGGGGGAAGCAGCAACUCAAACUCUAACAAUGUUAAAAAGUGGCACAACAACCAUACCAAUAAUCGUCAUCAUCACGCGUCUUCAAAUCGCUUUUGUGAGCCCAUAACGCAAGAUCCUAAUACUACCCUAGAAAUGCACGAUCGUAUGCUUUAUUUGCUCGGUAGCUUGGUCGGUUCUGUUGUCGAAGUAACAGUCAGAGAUGGUACAAAAUUCAAGGGCAUCCUACACGGUGCUUCAACGGAAGGUGAUUUAGGUGUCGCAUUAAAGCUCGCUCAGAAGGUGUACAGUUCUCGUACAACAAUGACUACCGAAAAAAAUAACAAUGCAUCAAAAGAAGAUACAACAACGACAAACGAUAAUCCAGUUAUCAACACAUUACUUAUAUUUUCAAAAGACUUGAUUGACAUCUAUGCUACUCAGGUUGAUUUUACUGCGCAUGAGGACCGUAAUACAUUCAAAACAGAUACCGAUAUUAGUGGGAAGAUAGACAUUAAAGAGAGAGAAUUACAUAAAUGGUUCCCAGGCGAUGACAGUGAGGGCAUGUUAUUGGAAGAAGAUGCACCAGCAACUGUAUCUGGAAUAGGGUUAUCAUUGGAGGCAGAGGUGGGAGCCAAGGGAGGAUCAUGGGAUCAAUUUUCAGCUAAUGAAAAGCUAUUCGGUUUGAAGACGGAUUUUAACGAAGAAUUGUAUACGACACCUUUGAAUCGUAAUGCUCCCGACUUCAAGGAUCGUGAGAAGCGCGCAACUCAAAUAGCGAACGAAAUUCAAAACUCCACUACAAAUAAUGUACAUAUGUUAGAAGAACGUGGUUUGGCCAUCGAUGAUAGUGGUCUGGACGAAGAGGACUUGUAUGGCGCCGUUGUACGUGAGUCAUCUGCAUCCCCUAUGUCUGCAGCAACACAAAAUAGCAAUAAGUACGUUCCGCCAGCUUUACGCAAGCAACAAUCACAGCCUUCGCAGCAACAAGUACAACAACAAAAGAAAGAGACGCUGAGUAAGGCCACUCCUUUGGAUAAAUUGAUGACGACAGAUUUACCUAAGGGCCCAUCAAACCCUUCACCUAUUGCUAACUUACCAACUGCACGUAGGGAAUCAAACGAAAAGAGUGAUAAGCUGCGUAACGAGCCUCCCAAACGAAUUGAGGCUGAAAUUGCAACGACGUUUAGAUACUUCGCAAUGAUGGAAAAGGACAAACUUCAUGCAAAGAAGCAGGCAUUGCAAAAGAAAGAAAAAGAUGGACGCUUAGCUGAAUUAAAAGCAUUCCAUCAAAACUUUAAACUGACCUGCCCAAUUCCAGCUGAUUUGGUACCAUUAUUGUCGAAGAAAAGAUCCACCCCAGCACAAUCGCCAUCUUCAGUUACAUCUUCUCCAUCAUUAUCCGUAUCAACUCUCUCGGCAACAGCUGCUACUACCAGUCCGACUGCCGCUGCUGAUACAAACUCUAACAAGGAAACGGCUCAACCUACUCCUGCUGUCACCGAUACCACAGCUUCUUCCGCUACUACGACACAAUCACCAUCUAAGCCUACUGCGGCAACUGCAAUCGAGGAGGAGACUACUACUGUUAAAACUAAAUCCUCGUCGGAUGAAAAGGCUACGAAGUCUAAUGAAUCAGCGUCGUCUAAUACAAACAAGUCUACUUUCAAAUUCAAUGUCAAGGCAUCCUCUUUUAAACCCAAUCCUUCGGCAGCAGCUUUUGUACCAGGUGCUGCAGUUACUACUCCAUCAUCUAAUCAAGCUAAUACAAAUAGAAAUGCACAUAGAAAGUCGAACACUUCACAUGAGAAAAUUACGUUAGCAGAGGCUUUUAGGCCAAGCUUCCUUAUUGAUGAUGUUCCUCCUCAUUCUGUUGGCCCCACCUGGCCAUUUGGUCAUAAAUCCUAUCGAGUCCAAUUUACCCACCAAUUUGCAACAGGUGGCUACGAAGAUAUCGGCAUUGUUUAUAGCGGAGGCUACCCUUCACCGACUGUUGCAGGCCCUUAUGGAUAUGGAUACCCGCCUACCGCUGCUUACCGUUAUCCUCCACCCUAUGUGCCUGGUAUGCCUCCUCAUAUGCAACAACCACCCUACAUGAGUCCUCAGUUUGUUCAUCAUCAAACUGCUAUCCCUGUUUCUGCCGCCGCUAUAGCUGCUGCUGUAGCGGCAGGUGCAUCACCUACACCUAUGCCUAUGCCUGUUCCACCACCACCCCCUAAUGGUUACCCUAGUCCUCAGAUGCCACCCACAACGGUAGGUGUACCCUCACCCCACGGUUCUCCUUUCUUACACCAAGGAUAUCCUCCUCCAUCUCCUCAGCAGCAGCAACAACAACAACGUCUCCAUCAUCAUCAGCCGCAACCACAUAGUCCUUACCAACAUCCUCAUCCACAUCCUCACCAUAGUAAUGGCGGCGGCAACAGUUCACCGCCUACUAUGGUCAUGCGUUAUCCUGCACCUCACCAUCAACAUAAUCCUGCUAAUACUAAUAACAGCAGCCCUGCAGAAAUGCAACGGCAACAACCACCAUAUCAACCUCAUCACCAACACUCUCAACAACAUCUACAAAAACAACAGGAACCUUAUCAUAGCAAUGCUUCAGAUGCAGAUACUAAAGGUUCAAAUUGAUUGGCAAAGGAAUUAUAAAUAGUAAUAGUAAUGGAAUAUGGUUUAAAGUCGUUAGUGCGUAUCACGUAUUUGCAGUAGGGUCCUCGUUUUCAUUUUUCAUCG